UGUCCACGCGCACAUUCUCUCCAAGCGCCUGUCUACCAGCAUCGCCUCCCUCCUCCACGCCUGCCCCCCGCCAUUUGCACUCACCAAAACCUUCACCAGUUCAUCACGUACAUCUUUCUCAAACCACAAACCUCCACACCUGGCUGCUAGCGCCACCAACUCUCCCCUCCUCAUCGACCACCUUCUCCUUCCGUGCAUCGCUCCGUACCCUACGUAGCUACAUGGGGCGAACGAGCAGCAGGGGGACGGCUCUUCCGCCGCAGCUCCGGUGGGACGUCCUGCCCCUGCUCCUCCUCCUCCUCCUUGCCCUGGCGUCGAGCUCCAGCUGCGAGGCCUCGAGAGGCAUGCAGCCCUUCAGGGGCCAGCCGCUGGAGCGAGGGGCGGCCAACCAUUUCUUCGGGUUCUUGCCGAGGGGCCCGGUGACGCCGUCCGGGCCGUCGCGGAAGCACAACGCCGUCGGCCUCGACAGCCAGCUGGAGAAGCCGUGAAGCAAGGAGAUGGUGCGUUGGCCGCUCGAUAGAGAUAUAGUAGAAAUAGCUCAUAGAUACGUGUAUGAUGAUGACAUAUGGUGUAGAUUAAUGUUUACGUAGUUUGUAUGGGGGUAGGUUGGCGUGUAACAACUAUUCUUGGAGAGGUUCCUUCGUUUCUUACCUUUGGUUUGGAGCCGGCAGAGUUGUCGAUGCUUCCCAACUUUCCUUCCUUCCUUCCUUCCUUCCUUUGCAAACGCGGCCUCUUUUUUCUUUCGAUAAAGUUAUAAAGGAUGAUUGAUAUGUGAUAUGAUA